GAUACUAGAGUCUAUACACAGGACGGCAAGUGCUCAAUGGAUUAAAGACGUGCUGCCAUAUUUUUUAUAAGUGCUUUGAUAUGGAAGAUACUGUUUCAAUUAGACUCAAUGAGAGUCAAAUACUAAUAUAUGCAAACCCCGCAUACGAAAGGGAUGUUAACAGCUGACUAGCAGAGAGGAGGAACACCACGUGAGGCCGUGUGUGUAGCUGCUGAGGCAGGGGGAGAAACUCGCACUCAGUCGGGCUCUGCUACUUCCACGGAUCUUUUUUCCUUUUUUUUCUGAACCAAGAUGGCUUGGAGAGUGGGGAGCACACGGUUGUGUUAUCGACGAGUCCGUGGUUUGAACUGAGGCUUCUGCUGCUGCCGUCUCUGACCCGAGGACUCAGGGGAGAAGACAAGGUGAUGACCUGGAUGGUGCGAUGUGAAUGACUGAAGACCAUGAAGCCCACACACAAGGUGCUGUUCAUCCUGUGCCCCAUGCUGGUCCUGGGCUUUAUUUACUACUCUUCUGGGAAGCUACAUCUACACGUGUGGGGCCAGAAGCCUCACUAUGAUGCAGAAGAGACAACUGUAGUCCUGACUAAAGGGGCUGAAGUGAAAAGAAUUACAGAGGUGGAACCAGACAUCAGCGUGGGACGAAUAGUAGGCUCAGUGUAUGAUAAGCAGGGCUUUCUGCUGCAGCUGGACACAAAAUUGCCGCUGGAGUUGGCGUACAAGUAUGGUAACCUCAGCGAAGGAGUGUGCAAGCCAGGAUACGCAGCAGCCAAGAUGACCACCAUCUAUCCUAAGUUCAUGAAACCAGCGCCCAUGUUUCUUGAUCGGAACUUCAAACGUCUUGCAAAAGUUGGCAGUUACUUACCCCCAUUUGGCUUUAAAACACAAGAGAGAAUCAUAGACAGCAUUUUAACUAUCACGAAAAAUUAUGGACUUGGAGAGGAGCUGGACAGUCUCAGCUGUAAAAGAUGCAUCAUUGUGGGUAAUGGGGGCAUCCUGUCCAAUAAGUCUUUGGGCUCCCGAAUCGAUGACUAUGAUGUCGUAGUGAGGUUGAAUGAGGCACCAGUUAGUGGUUACGGCAAAGACGUUGGAACCAAAACCACCGUCAGGAUUACCUAUCCCGAGGGAGCAAUCCAGAAACCUGAAAACUAUGAAAAAGACUCACUUUUUGUUUUUUCUGCUUUCAAACCACUGGACUUCAAGUGGCUCAGACAGAUGGUCUUCAAGGAGAAACUGAGGGGCACAGAGGGUUUCUGGAAGUCGGUGGCUCACUAUGUACCUCGAGAGGCGUCCGAGAUUAGAAUCCUGAACCCCUACUUCAUCCAGGAAGCUGCCUUCCAGUUCAUUGGCCUGCCCUUCAACAAUGGCAUCAUGGGCAAAGGGAACAUUCCAACUCUAGGAACAGUGGCUAUAACGAUGGCACUGCAUAACUGUGAUGAGGUGGCCGUGGCCGGUUUCGGCUAUGACAUGAACACGCCCCAUGCACCUCUCCACUACUACGAGACUGUCAAGAUGUCUGCCAUUAAAGAGUCAUGGACACACAACAUAUCCAAGGAGAAAGACUUCCUUCGCAAACUGGUUAAGGCCAACGUCGUCACAGACCUGACCAAUGGUAUCUGAGUUUACAACCCUCCUACAGUCUCCCUCGACCUUUCCCAAAGGACUUUCAGAUCAGGAAGCUGGGAAAAGGAUCAACCCAGGGAGAGAGAAAACAACCCGUAUUUGGGUGGCCUGCACACUGCCGGGGUUUUUAUAUCAAAGGAGAAUAUUAUAAAAUCAAAAGAUACAGGAGGGUUUCUGUGGAGAGAUGCACACAUGUGCCUUCUGAACCAAAGACUCCUGCUGAUUGAAGCGGGGGUGGCGAGGGGUCCCGGGGAGGACUGGAUCUGCCUUGUUCCUGUCUCACCAUAAGACAGCCGCAGAGAAGCUCCACCGGCCCCCGCGCUCCAACGUUUACCACUUCACAUCACUUAAUUCACUAGUAAGAGCGGAGGUGACAUGUUGACAAAGCAGAUGUCAGAAGUUCAGCUUGACUUACUGGCUAAUUUGACGAAGGGACUGAGGAGAAAGGAAUGAAAAAGAGGACUGUGACGGAGAUGGGUUGAGUAUUAGCAGUGCCAAAUGUACCUCGUACAGGGGAGAGGUCGUUCUACUCUCCUUGUUGCCGCCUGAAUGUAUUCACUUUCCUCAGUGUAAAUAUCAAAGAUUUGUACUGUGCUUUUUAAUGAGCUGCAGCAGCCCCCCGCCCCACAUCUGCCAUUUGUCCAUUCAACCAUUCAUUCAUUCACCUUCUUGCCAACAGCAGAUAAAUCAGUGAGGGGCACCUGCCACACAGACUGGUGUCACUUUGACUCAUUGACAUAGUGUUAAAUUAAUGUACAGACUUGAGUUCCUGAAGUGUUUUCUGUAGAGAGAUUGUGUUCGUGACUCAAUAACCAGGUGCUUGUUCAGUUGACUCCGCACAGAGCCGCUCUGUGUGGCUCCCUGAGGUCUCAUGUGGCCGCUUGGUUUAGAUGUGAGGUUAAAAGUAGGAAUAACGGAGAUAUAUCACUUGAAAGUAUUCAAUUAAUAAACCAUUUGCUUCAUCUUUAUUUAGAUCUGAGCUUUUAUAGUGUUUUUCACUACAAUUGAUAGGACUAAUGCAUGUGUUAAUUAUUUUACUCAUAAUUAUUUAAAGGCAGCCAGCUCUGGCAGGUGAGCCAUGAAGUCAAUUUGGCCACUGCAUCUCUCUUCUCCUCCUCUUUCUGUUCAUUAACGCCACGGUACUGUCCCCAUCACUUCAUCAGCUGCGAGGCUUCGAGCCUCAGCGGAGACGUGCAGCACGGUAACGUACGUUGUGUCCCGGUCGAGGAGGACCCCUCUCCCAAACCUCCUGUUGCUGCAGACUGUUUUUGUUCUUCAGUAAAUGGUGAAAUCUUGGAUUGUAGAAUAUAAAAAAUAUAUAUAUCUCUUGUUUUUAGGGUUAAUUUUGAUAAUUUAUUUUGUUACAAAGUCCCAAUGUGUGUUGGUCACAGGCAGGCCUGCUUUCCAUUGAUUUUGUUCAGAAAUAACUCAAGAGGUUUGAAUUUGUGUUUUUGAUUUCACCACCAUGCGCUUCCUCUGACUGCAUCUUAAAGGUUUUGUGGCAAAAGCUGUGUUGUGAUUAAAUCCACAGAUUUGAAUCAGUUUUUUUAUUGGUUCAGUGUUAGAUGUCCACAGCUCUUUGUCUGUCUGACGUUCAGCUCACGUUAAUAUAGUUCUUUACAUUUUCAUGAAUGAGGUCAUAAUAGCCGAGCUUGAGCGCAAACCUCAUUGUGUCCUGAUCAGGCUUUUCAGUAUUUAUUAAUUGCAUUUACACACAGAAAACAUUCAGUAUUACACAAACAUUUAGUUAUUUCCUUCAAAAAGUGUGAGAAUCACAUUUUAUCAUAUGGAUCAGAAAGUCAGCUUUACACGGUGAUGUUGCAUUUUCUCAUUCUGGUCAAAUUUGGAGUCAAAGAGGGUUUUGAUCUUCUUUUUUGUUCUGUUUCUACUUUGCCUUUGGAAGUGCAUAUUUACUGUACAUCGUACUCACACAGGUUCGCUUCCAAUACUGUCAAUCAGAAAGCUGCUGUUGGUACAUCUGUUGCAUUGCUCCAUCACGUCUUCCUUUACUUGAUUGCGUUUCCACAAACACUGCUGGGACCGUUGAGCCGCGUGUCCGACCCAGUCCCUGCAGAACAGUUCCCACGGGGUUUGAAGGAAUGGAUCAUUAUUUUUGGAAAACUAGACCCUGUUUGGGAUUAUUCCUUUUGUGUGUGUGUGUGGGUGUUUUGGAGCGUAACAGUACAGCUGACCAUUGCACUAUCACGAGGCGCUCUCAGUGCCUUACACCUCAUCACCUGGAAACUGUAGCGAGUCUGAGGCAAGAAAAGUAACCGCAGCUGAUAGGGUAUCAGCUCCAGGUCAGGACGGGUCACUUCUCAUAUCUCAUGUGGGACCAGUCCAUUUCAUAUCUGUACUAUAUUAAUACUGGUGGUUCUGUGUGUUUAAGCCCAUAAUCGAAGCAUACAGGAACCAAGCCACCUGUAUGCUCUUUGAAGCUUUGAGACUAAGCAGAUCCUUGUUUUUUUUUUUUUUUUGUAUUAUUCUUGCAGUAGGUUUUGAAAUUUUAAAUGAAUGCUGGAGGAGUUCAAAUAGAUUGGACCCGAAUCGCCUCUUCUAAUAAUCUGUUCAUAAUAAAGCAGAAUGUAUUAGCUCAUCGUAUUUAUAUACUUUUGAUUGUCCUUAAUUUCAUUUUACAUUUCACCAUCAGUGGGGAAAGUCAGUGAUCAAAAGUAUUACUGUUUGUUUUUAUAUAUAUAAACAUAAAUAUAUAUAUAUAUGGCUUUCUGCAUCUUCAACUCAAUAAAUACGUUUGUAAUGGA